AUGAAGUUCCAGUACUUUGGCGAGACGUGCAUGGAGGAGGCGCAUCGGCCAUUUUUGAAAGCGUAUCGGGAAUGGCAGCGGAAGGUCCAAAUGCUAUUCCAACCGGGACCCAACGAUUCCGAAGCGCACCUCGUUGACAGUUGGGGCGCCAGGUGGAAAAGAUUGCGCGGGCUUGUAUCACCCCAAUUUUCGAAUAAUAGCUUGAAAAAGGUACUUCAUACCAUUGAUGAUUCUGCAAAACAACUCAUGCAGCAAUUUGCCAAAGUAGAAGGACAAGAAAUAGAUAUUUUAGUAUAUUUCCAAGAAUAUACCCUUGACACGAUUUGCCGAAUAGCCCUCGGCCAGGAUGAGACAAAAAUCGGAAAACCCAAUUCUUUAGCUGGCAUUAAAAAGGCGUUCGGAAGAGACCCGCGAGAACCAUUAAUAUUCCUAGCUGCCGCCAUUCCAGCUUUCACAAAGUUUUUCCGCAAAGCGUUCAUCAUCGUUGCCCUGUGCACACAAUUUGAGGCCCUGAAGAUCCUAUUCCGAAUCAAGCGCAUACUGAAGGAAAGGACGAAGGAAAAGGAGUCCAGACCGGCUGAUUUUCAAAAGGAAAGACCCGAUUUUAUCGAUUUAUUCCUUGACGCUAAAUCGGAUGACGUUGACUUGAAGGCAGAGGCUGGGAUGAGCCGUAACGAAGUUCAGACUCGGCACAUGCUUGAGGAUGAAAUCCUCUUCUCAUGCUUCCUUUUCUUGUUCGCCGGAUUCGACACGACCGCAAAUUCGAUGUCCUACACGGCUUGGUACUUGGCGAAGAACCCUGAAAUCCAAAAACGAUUGCAAGAGGAAAUCGAGCAGGUUUGCCCCGAUAAGGACAUUUCUUACGAGCAAAUUGGUGAGCUGAAAUUGAUGGAUGCGGUUUUCAAGGAAGCGCUUCGGCUACACCCAUUGGCGACGACAGCAAUUGGCCGAGUUGCCGGCAACGAUCUAGAACUAGGCGGAGUCAAGCUCGAGAAGGGCGAUUUUGUGCAGAUUGACGCGUACACCCUGCAAACGGAUCCGGAAAUCUGGGGCGACGACGCCGAGGAGUUCAACCCGGACCGAUGGCAAGGCUUGAACCCCGAGCAAAAAGACGCGUACGUGGCUUUUGGCGGUGGGCCCAGGCAAUGUGUUGGAAUGCGCCUUGCGUUAAUGGAAGAAAAGCUGGCAAUGGCCUAUCUUUUGAGGGAUUACGAGCUGCUACCCGGUUCUGGAUUUGAGAAAACCCUCAGCUACAAAGGGUGGAUGACGGUGGCCCCAAACUCGGUGACUGUCACCCUGAAAAAGCGCGAUAUCACGAUCGAA